AUGUCGCGUCCCAUGCCUCGUCUCGUUCUCAUUCGCCAUGGCGAGACCGAAUGGUCUCUCAAUGGUCGUCAUACAGGCCGGACUGAUAUUCCGCUCACUGAGAACGGUGUGAGAGAGACCGCAGAACAGGCAAAGGUUCUCGUAGGGGAAGGCAAGGUCAUCGACCCAAGAAACAUCUGCAAUGUCUUCGUGUCCCCCAGAACUCGAGCACACCGUACUUUCCACUUGAUGUUUGACCACUUAGCCAACCCCCCUUCCCACGUCACCACCGAAGAGGUCAGAGAGUGGGACUACGGAGAAUACGAAGGGCUCAAACCAGCGGAAAUCAAAGAGAGAAAUCCAAACUGGAGCAUCUGGAAAGAUGGGUGCCCAGGAGGCGAGAGCACGGAAGAGAUGUGUCACCGAGUGGAUUGUGUCAUUGCGAAGGUGAAGGAGCACCACAAACAAUGGCACGAGGAAGGCAAGGGCUGCCGCGAUGUAGUUAUCAUAGCUCAUGGACACUUCAACCGUGUCCUCAUAUCGCGCUGGAUCAAUUUCCCGCUUUCUCUUGGUACACACUUCAACGUGGAACCUGCAGGGGUCGCUAUUCUCAGCUACAAUCACCACAAUCUGGCAGAACCCGCAUUGAAUGCGCUAAACUUGUAUUCCCCGCCGAAGUAG